UUUUCAUGUAAACGACGCACAAAUAUACCGAAUUCGUCUCAGCUUUUGUUUAUAUGUUGUUCAGUUUAAGGCGUUGAGUUGGGUAUUGUGGGGGGUUGAUAAAAUUUACUGUAAUUUACCCCGUUUUAUGCAUGGUGGCAUGAUUUUCUCAAUCAUCAAGGUUUCGCCGGUCGAAUUGGUAUUCUGGGCGCUGACAGCCAUCGGCUGGGUGUACGCGGUGCUGGCCGCUCAGCGGGUGGCGCAGCGCCAGGUAGCCUCGCUCCCUGUAGCGGAGGACCUGCUCUGAACGUCUCUGUCCAGUCCAGGGGGCAGCCAUGGGCCGUACCUCGGGCGCCAAGAACAAGGCGUCCACGUCGGCCGGCAGUCCGCGCUCGCCGCGCCCAGAGAGCGGCGGCCCGGUGCGCCGACGCCUGCGGCUGCCCGAGCUGGUCGAACUGUCAUUGACGCCAUACCCGCUCAGCCUCAGCACCGAGAUGAUUAUGGCAAUGAACGCAGAGGCCAGUACAAUACAGAAUAAGCUCAAAAGUGUCUCGAAGAGUAUCGUGGAAAUUGAAGAGGAGCGCGUCAAAGGCGACCCUAACCUGGAUGCCAUCAACAGCUUUCACGAAAAGAUACAGCAAGAAGGCAAACUCACGCCCGCCAACAAGGUAAAGCUGAAGAGUUUGUACGUGACGGCACGCAGCGACGCUGAGAAGGAGGCCCAGCUGAUCAGAAACGCCCUCGCCUCCAUCUACGAGAUCAGGACGAUACGCAAUGAGCUGCGCCUUCAGGCCAAGCACUCUGGGAACAAGGAGACGAUCCGUCGCGGCGCGCUGAUGAAAAUGCUGCAGAAUACGGCGCAGACUCUGCCGCUGUGGAUCGGCAGCCCGGGCGAGGAGCCACCCGCACUCUGCGGCGCCGUCCAGGCCGAGUCCAAUUACGCGGCCAAGGCGGGAGAUAUGGUGGCCGCUCUGUACCGCGGCAGUGACGGCGAGGAGAACUGGAUUCUGGCCGAGGUGAUCUCUUACAACCCCUCCAGCAGCAAGUACGAGGUGGAAGACAUUGACGAGGAGCAGCGGGAGCGGAUGGUGCUCAGCCGGCGGCGGGUCAUCCCCCUGCCCACCAUGCGCGCCAACCCGGACACGCAACCGGAGGCGCUCUUCCACGAGGGCGAUAUUGUGAACGCCAUCUACCCGCAGACGACGUGUUUCUACAAGGGCGUGGUUAAGAGCUCGCCGGCCACUGCGGUGGACGACUACGAGAUUCUGUUCGAGGACUCGUCGUACGCGGACGGGUUCGCGCCGCCACUCCGCGUCGCUCAGCGCUACGUCAUAGGCUACAAGGAGAAGAAGAGCAAGAAAGAGUGAAAGCCUUGAGAGUCAUGGUGGGCAAGUGGGAAAUGCUGCGUGGGCUUGGUUGGGAGAUAUGGUGUUGAGAUGUGUAUGCAAGUGUGAGUGAAAGUGGUGUAAAUGGGCAGAUUGGAGACUAUAAGGGCAGCUGACACAAGGAUCGAGACUCGAGCGAAAGGGUGUACAAAGUAUCACGGAUCUCUGACCGGUCGCUCCGCGGUAUGGCGUCUGAAAGGCUCCGCUCGACAACGGCGACAAGUCCGCGCCGCUGAGUCGAGCAGCACCGCCCAGGGCUCAAACUAGAGGUCCGCUUACGAUGCUUGGGUUCGCUGCAACGUGUCUGAACCGUCGCGUUUCAUUCGUCUGAUGAAUAUUCUCUACCUGCGGGUCUUGUGCUCAUUUAGGCAGGCUGAGCAACACAAACGACACGAACAAUUUGUCAUUUAGCCAUGUCAUAUAUCGCAUGUUCAUAUUCUGCACAGUGUACAUACUCAUGGAGCACAUGCACCGUUUCGUAAUACUACGAUUGUACGACUG